UGAUAUUUUGAUUAUUGUAGUUCCGGCGAAGUACAGCAACGAAACCGACCACGGGGGUCGCACGCGGAGUACCGAUACGCGUGUACAGUGCGUUCGGAUACUACAAAUAACUAUUUUUUUAAACCUUACCCGAUUGCAUUUGCGAUUGAAUCGGAAUCCUACGAAUAGUAUCGCGUGCUUUGUGUCAUACGUUGGAUAACACUACUUGGGUGUGCCGAAACAUUGAUAAAUAUGGCGAACAGUAUAGCACCAGAUUCAUGGGAACAGCAGGCGGAUAACGGAGACAUCGUGCCCGCUCAGGAUAAGUCCAUCGAAAGCAAAUUUUCAACUUUGAAUGUGAAUGCUGCGGAAUUCGUGCCUUCCUUCUGCAUAAAUUCUUCAACGCAGAAUAGCUCCACGGCCGACAGUCCUUGUGCUGUCACUGCUGUGUUGAAUACUGUAACCACUUCUAUUCCUUCUGAAAUACAUCAUGGAAAUUCUACUCCUACGAUUCUACCUGAUCCAAUUGGCAGUAGAGUAGAAGAACCACCUGCUGGAGGAGGGGCACCACCUCCAAAUGUUACGGAUCCAAUAAAUACGAGUCCUGAACAUCAACCUGCAGAUUCUUGGGAAGAAGCAGCUGUAGAUGGUGAUCCUUUGUUAACUCCUGAAAAUGAAGAGGCUGACAAUGAGGAGGAUGAAGAAAUGGUUGUUAAAGUACCUAAAAAAAAACCUAUUAAGGUUGCAGAAGAUACUAAAAGCAAAAAAGAACAUGUCAAUGUUGUUUUUAUAGGUCACGUAGAUGCAGGGAAAUCAACAAUUGGUGGCCAAAUUAUGGCACUUACAGGAAUGGUGGAUAAGCGUACCUUAGAGAAGUAUGAAAGAGAAGCAAAGGAAAGAAGCAGAGAAACAUGGUACUUAAGUUGGGCUUUGGAUACAAACCAAGAAGAAAGAGAGAAGGGAAAAACGGUAGAAGUGGGUAGAGCGUAUUUUGAAACAGAAAGAAAGCAUUUUACGAUACUGGAUGCUCCUGGACAUAAAAGCUUUGUACCCAAUAUGAUUGGCGGAGCAGCGCAAGCUGACCUUGCGGUUUUAGUUAUAUCUGCGAGAAAAGGUGAAUUCGAAACAGGCUUUGAUAGAGGUGGCCAAACGCGGGAACAUGCUAUGCUGGCUAAAACUGCAGGGGUUAAACAUUUGGUAGUGUUAGUAAAUAAAAUGGAUGACCCAACGGUAGAAUGGGACGAAGGAAGAUAUAAUGAAUGCAGAGAUAAGAUACUGCCAUAUCUUCGUAAAUUAGGGUUUAAUCCUGCAAAGGAUCUUACAUUUAUGCCAGUAUCUGGUCAACUUGGCAUUGGUCUCAAAGAUCCUAUACCUGAACAUCUAUGUAAUUGGUAUAGUGGACCUCCAUUCAUACCUUUUAUUGAUUCUUUACCUUCAUUAAAUCGUAAAAGCAAUGGACCGUUUAUUAUGCCAAUUGUUGAUAAAUAUAAAGAUAUGGGUACGGUUGUUAUGGGAAAGGUUGAAGCUGGGGAAGCCAAAAAGGGUCAGUCAUUAUUAGUUAUGCCGAAUAGGACGGCAGUAACUGUUGAUCAAUUAUGGUCAGAUGACGAAGAAGUAACGUCGGUUGGACCCGGAGAAAACGUUAAAAUUAAACUGAAAGGUAUCGAAGAAGAAGAUGUGAGUCCCGGAUUUGUUUUAUGCGACAGUAACAACCCUAUUAAAACUGGAAAAGUUUUUGAUGCUCAAGUUGUUAUUUUGGAGCAUAAGAGCAUUAUUUGUGCUGGAUAUAGCGCAGUGAUGCACAUUCAUUGUGCUGCAGAAGAAGUGACGGUGAAGGCAUUGAUCUGCUUGGUAGAUAAGAAGACUGGCGAUAAAAGUAAAACGAGACCAAGGUUCGUUAAGCAAGACCAAGUGGCAAUUAUGAGAAUCGAAUGUGCAGGAGUUAUAUGUCUCGAAAGAUUCAAAUUAUUUCCGCAAAUGGGACGGUUUACUCUUAGAGAUGAAAAUAAAACAAUUGCCAUCGGUAAGGUGCUGAAAGUGGUGGAAUAAAAUGUUCAUCCGUAAUCACGAAGUAAGGAUAUAAACCAAGGAUAUGAUACAAGGAAACCAAACCGGCAUAAUGGACUAUUCCCGAAUGUUAGCUAAUGUAACAUACACUCAUUUAUGCAAAAGGUUCUGCAUAUGACGGUACACGCGCGUACAUAUGAAUAGAGAUGUGGACAUCAGAGCUGGGAAAGUAUGACCUAAAUUGGAAAAUAGACUCCAUCGCAAAAGAAAAAUAAGGAAACAAAUACGACUUGAGAGCGUGUGUUCCUUUUAUUAGAUAAAAAAGUUGGUGGCACUGGAGGGUUAUUCCUUGCAUCGCGGUAUAAGUAAUAUACAAUACUAACAGACUCUCCUCUUGACAAUGUAAAACACGAUAUUUUUAUUCGUCUGAGGUGCAAAACAUAAUUGAGAGCGAACGAGAGAAUCAAUAUCGAUGGCAGAGUAAGAAUAAGAAAUAUGAUUAAUAUUAUAAUAAUUAUUAAAUAAUUAUUAAAUUGGUGGUAAGAGGUGAAAAAGAAAUUUAUCAAAUAAAUCAACAAAUUAGUGUUACACAACAAUUUAUAAUUAUAAAAUUAAUAUUAUUAUUAUUAUUAUUACGAUUAUUAUUAUACUGUUUCUUAUUUUAUUGUCAUUAAAAACAAAUUUGCAACACAAAUCUGCUCUGGUAAUUUUGAUAGGUCUCUCACAUACAUGUUAAUUUUGUUUGGGAGUGGGAAAUAUGUGAUAUUCCUCAAAGUUGAUAUUUUUCGUGGGAUGCAGAGUGAAAGAUAUCAGAUUGUCGGUAUAACAUGAUUAAAACUUACAGGUUUUGAAUUAUUAGCAAAAAAUUGUAAUUUGUUAUACAUAUAGUUAUGUAGUUACGAGCCUACCGCAAAUUUUAUAGUUUAUCUAUAUUCUUGUAAGUACUGAGAAUUUUUAACUAUAGAUAUUGCAAAAAUAUCCUUAUCGCAUCUUACUAUAUUAUUUAUAAAGAAAGUAAUAAGAAUAUAACUGCUACAUCUUAGAUCAUGCUUUAAAGAUCUUUAAAUAGAAAGACACUGAAGUGUGAUUAUAUACAUGUAAUUGCAUGCAAUCUAUUUUGCUAAUAUUCGCAAAUAUUAUUACAUAAUUUUAUUGUUACCAUUGUAAACAUAUCAGUUUCCAUUUUUAAAUUAUUAGUUAUGAUAAAAUUGUAACACGUUGAGUUUUACUAUAACAAAUAUCUUACAUUUUAGUCUUGCUUGCAAUUAUAGUGAAUAAUGUAAAUUUUAUUAUAUAUAAAUCUAAAUGUGACAAUUGUAAAUUUAAGUUAAUUUUUUUAAUUACAAUUAUAAAUUAGAUCAUGAAACAAUCAAGAAAAUAAUAGAUUUUAUAAGAAUCAUACGACAUGUUACUUAUUUCAUGAUAUACAGUCCGUUUGAUUUUUGAAUAAUUUAAAAUGGUUUGCCUAACAAUAUAUUAUUAACAAUGUUUAAGCAUAUAUAUAAUGUUUAAAGUUACUAAAUCAAAAUAUAACCAAUAAUUUAAUUGAAUUUUUUUGUGAAAUAACUAUGAUAUGAGUAAUGAAAUUGUGCAGAUAUAAUUACAUAUUGGCAGCUUUUAUUAUAAACAAUUAAUUCUAUAUAAAAUGGAAAAUUAUAGAUGAAAAAUAUGUUUAAUUCAUCUUAAUUUAUAAUAUAUACUUUUAUGAUCUUAUCUGUCUAUGUGUAUACAUGUUCCUAAAAUAAAAAAUUCAAGUAUUUUAUUUUGCCAAGCUAUAUUAAAGAUUCUAGUAUGACGAAUAAAAAUGAUACAUUUGUUUAUCAAUAAAACAUCAAUACUUACAAGAACAGAAUAGAUCAUGAAAAACUAGAAUUGCUAAGUAAUUUGUUACUAUUUUUUGCUAAUAAAACAAAACCGAUGUAUCCGCUGCA